AAAAUGUGGUACAAUGAAAGAUGUAGAGACAUUGUUUGAGAGAAUGCCUGUGAGAGAUGUUGUCACCUGGACAGAAAUGAUUACAGCCUAUAUGGAAUUUGGGAUGGUUGAUUUGGCUUUGGAGACUUUUGAGAAGAUGCCAGAGAAGAAUUCUGUUUCUUUCAAUGCCCUAUUGGCAGGAUUUUGCAAGAACAGUGAAGGGCUGAAAGCACUCAAGCUGUUUGUCAAAAUGGUGGAGGAGGGUUUAGAGUUGACAGAUUUCAGUUUGACGAGUAUUGUCAAUGCUUGUUCAUUGCUAAUGGAUUCAAAAAUCAGUAAGCAAAUUCACGGAUUUUGCAUAAAAUUUGGUUUUGGAUUAAAUGCUUGUAUUGAAGCUGCAUUGCUUGAUAUGUGCACAAGGUGUGGAAGGAUGACAGAUGCUGAGAAAAUGUUCCAGAAGUGGCCAUCUGACCAGGACAACUCAGUUGUAUGUACAUCAAUGGUGUGUGGGUAUGCUCGAAAUGGGCAGCCCCAUGAUGCAAUUUCUCUUUUCUGUAGGAGUUUAAAGAAUGUGGAUGAGGUAGCAUUGACUUCUGUACUUGGUGUAUGUGGAACUUUAGGGUUUUACCAGAUAGGAGAGGGGAUCCACUCUCACGCUAUUAAAAUUGGGUUCAUGUUUGAUUCAGAAGUGUCGAAUUCCAUAAUAAGCAUGUAUGCUAAAUGUGGCAACAUAAAUGGUGCAACGAAGGUUUUCAACAGCAUGCCUACAAAAGAUGUAGUAUCAUGGAAUGCUUUGAUUUCUAGUCAUCUGCUUCAUAGACAGGGAGAUAAGGCCUUGGCUGUCUGGUCUAGGAUGCUGGAGGCAGGAACAAAGCCAGACGCAAUCACUUUGAUUUUAGUUAUUUCAGCAUAUAGACAUACUAACUCAAAUAUAGUUGAUGACUGUCGGAAACUGUUCAUGUCCAUGAAAACCAAGUAUGAUAUUGAGCCUACUUCAGAACAUUAUGCUGCCUUUAUUGGUGUUUUAGGGAAAUGGGUUCCUCUUGAAGAAGCAGAGCAAUUGGUAAACAAAAUGCCUUUUGAACCUGAUAUUUCUGUUUGGCGUGCUUUACUCGACAGUUGUAGAAUCCAUUUGAACACAACCAUUGGGAAACGGGUUGCAAAGCAUAUAGUAGCAAUGGAGCCCCAAGAUCCUUCAACGUACAUACUUGUAUCAAAUCUGUACUCUGCAUCUGGGAGGUGGCAUUGCUCUAACAUGGCCAGAGAAGAUAUGCGAGCAAAGGGGUUCCGUAAACAUCCUGCUCGAAGUUGGAUCAUUCAAGACAAGAAGCUGCACUCAUUCUAUGCAAGAGAUAAAUCUCAUCCCCAAGCAAAAGGUAUCUACAGUGAGUUAGAGGUAUUGAUCUUAGAAUGCCUAAAAGCUGGAUAUGUUCCAAACACUAGCUUCGUACUUCAUGAAGUUGAGGAGCAUCAGAAGAAGGAUUUCUUAUACUAUCACAGUGCAAAACUUGCGGUAACUUAUAAACUUCUAGUUUCCAAGUCAAGAGAACCCAUUCAGAUUGUGAAGAACAUACUCCUUUGUGGAGACUGCCAUACAUUCUUGAAGCAUGUUUCUAUAGUUACCAGGAGGGAGAUAGUUGUAAGAGAUGCUUCUGGAUUUCAUUACUUCUCGGGUGGAAUAUGCUCCUGUAGAGAUUGUUGGUGACUGAUCCAAAUGUAAUUUAUCCUCCGUAAUGUUUUGGUACAUUGUAAUUUUAUACUUUUCCCUGCAGUUUGGGGUAAGUUAAGAUUAUCCAGUCUGAACUGUACAAUAGAGAUGGUUGCAUGAGAGACUAGCCCAUGAUAUUGGUCCUCUCCAUUCCACCAUCUCUGUAAGACAGGGAACCCAAUGUAUAAUAUGUACAAGUUUCAUUGGAAAUCAAAAUUUUAGCUCUCG